ACACCCGCUCCGGCUUUCUGUAAACACGAGCUAGAUAGUUUUGUUUUCAAAUAACAACCAGGCCAAUUUAUGUGGUACACGUAUUUGCAAACAAUCGGUGAAUUGGAUUUAAAGCAAUGGAUUUAUUCUUUGUCGCUUUUUGCCUUGGAAUGGCCUCCCUAGUGGAUGGUGACUUGCUUAUUCGAGGCCCAAACCAGAGCGUUAUGGAAGGUGAAAGUGUGACGCUGGAGUGCCUGUACUCACAAAAUGAGUACAACAUCAGUCAUGUAAGAUUUGAAAGCUUCUCCCAGAUGCUCCAAAUGUGGCACUCGGUGUGGCCGGCCUCUUGGUGCUUCUACAAUAUGAAUGUGGAGCAAGUGGAUGACAAGAUGGUGUUGCAUGUUUCCCACGUUGCCUCGUUUUUUGAGGGGCUCUUUCGUUGCGUGUCGGAUGACGGCGCAUUGAGCGCGCCGAACAACGUCUCCAAGACGCUGUCCUUAAAAGUGAACUACUUGGGACAGGUGUAUCUUUCCAGAGAGGGCUACAGCAGCUUCCUGGGUCUGUCACAGGAGAUUCGUGUACAGAAAGGAGACGACGUGACGCUCAAGUGCUCGGCCAGCUGUUCGGAAGAGCCCGACUAUCGUUGGUACAAGGAGGGCAACGACUGGAUCCUGCCCUCGCCGGUGAUGACGCUGAGGAAAGUGAGCCCCGCGGACAGUGGCGUGUACACGUGCGUGGUCGAACACCCCAGCGCCUCGCUCAGCAAAAUGCGCAACAUAAGCCUCGUCGUUCUGCCCGAAGACGCCAGUUGGUUCGAGACCCACACGGGCCGUCUGGUGCUGAUGACGUCCUUGGUGGCGAUCGGCAGCCUCUCGCUGCUCGUGGCCGCCUUGAGUGUGUGCAUCUACCGCAGGAAAAAGCGAGCCGAGACCAGACCCAUUGAUGACAGAUCCCAGACCAAUCCCAUCUACAAGGACAGCAAAGAAGCUCUCCACUCCAGCUGCGGAGACAAACAGCCUCUUGUCGCUGUGUGAUGCCCGCGGCCGGGAAGAUGGAGUGCGCGGCCAGAGAGUGACGGAUGAUAUCAGGUGGCUACUUAAGAACCGCUCUGAUGGUUAUCGAUGAUGAGUGGCCGAGCGAGCGAGACUCUAUGGAUGGCUGAAAUCAAAAGAAGUACCUAGCAAAAAAAAAAAAAAAAAAAAAAAUCUGAGAAAGUAUGAGUGAUUGCUUUGCGGUAGCUUGCGCGAGGACAAAAGGCGGGCAAUCUUUUCCUGAUUCAUUCAGUUGCAUGGGAGGUGAUGAACUAUCCACUUUUAACAUUGUUAGCUGCUUCUGGGCUGUAGGCACUCGAAAAUCUCACUCUUGACAGCGUUUCCAAUGGCAAGCUAAUGUCAAGGCUUGUUGAUUUGCGCCUGAUGUCUUCAUGUGGUUCCCAUGACAGCAUUUAACACUUUCCCAGCAGCUUUUGUAUGGCCUCUGCACUUAUGGUUUGUUGAUUUCAUGAAAAAAAAAUUAUACGAGCCGCCCAUAGCCGCAGCCCGCGCAUAUUAGAGUGCAUUAUGAAUAAUAAUCAGCAUAAAUGUACAAUCAGUGGGAGUCCACAUACAUGUGGCGAAGCACUUUUGAAGGCAUAAACACGAAGUGUAAUACCAUUCGGACUCGGAGGAAAGGGAAUUUUGCUUUAUUUUAAUUUCAAUAUUUGUAAAAGAUCAAUAGAGACCAUAUAAAUAAGAUUCUUUUUAGAUUGAUUUUUUUUUUUACAGUUGUACCGCUCUGACAUUCUUGAACCCUUUCAUGCACCUUGUAACCUGAUAACAUGUUAAGCUGUCCACUGCAGUAACCGCUGUCCCUGAAAGGGUUAAACACAUUUUAUAUGUAUUAACACACCCCUUUUCACAAAAAAACUAAUUGCAAGCAUAAAAUAAUUUUAUUUGUCUUAAGACCCCCUUUUUUUAUGCACAUUGUUAAUAUAUUCCAACACAAAAAAAACCAAAUUGCAAACAUAAAAUCUUUAUUAAAAGAAAUACUUAUUGUUUCCAUUGCUGGUCACUCAUCUUUAAAACUUGUCUUAAAACUAAUUUCUGUUCUUUGACUUUUGACUCAGCGUGAGACGGGAUUUUUAUUUUGACCAUAUUUGUGCUUUCCGCUGUCUUUGUUAUUCAUUAAGUGUUUUAUUUUUUUGUGCUGUAUGAUUUAUUUUUGCUCCAUGUACAGCACUGUGUGUACAGCGGUGGUUCUUUUAAAGUGCUUCAGAAAUACUGUUGAGUUGUGUCAGCAUUGGUUAUGUGCAUGUGCCUUUAAGAGGCGGGGCCUGCUGGGGUGGGGGCUCCUGUGUUUCUCUCUUUCGGGGUUCAAUAAAGAGCUAUAAAAAAAUAGCAUUUGCUCUCACUA